UGCACAGUGGUUACAGCAGAUAGAACUUUACAGUUGUUGUAAAACUGUUUAAAAUUUUCCAUAAAUAGUUUUAUGUGCUACUUUAUAUACUUACAGUUUAUUACAGUUAUCUGCUGGUAUUUUGACAAACAGCUGCUUUCCCUGUGGAAAUGAGUGAGAUAUUAUGAAACAUUUCUCACUCAACAAGUCUUAUUACUCACCAAAAUUAAUUUUCUUACUUCUUAACCCUCUCUAUGCUGCUUGUGCAGCUGCCACUUGGGUCAGCUGGGGGCUGGAGAACUAAUUCAUUGUGUUUGCAAUUCCUAUUGUUUUCUUCAGCACACCAGACCUUAAUGACCACUGACUAAGUGGUGGUGUAAGGAACAAAAUAACUACUUAGUGUUUAUUAAUAUCUCCAGUUCAAAUCAGAACAAUUCUUUUAGUUUUUGGCACCACAUUAAAAAAGGAAACCUCUGGACUUAGAGAUUUGGGACUGCAGCUGAGUUUUGGAAGUCUAAACCUGGGAAGGAAGGGCUGAAUUUGUUUUAGGGGCACAAGGUCUUUACAGAGUGUGCAGAAAGAUUUUGGCAAUAAUGGGGUGAGUAAAACAGGCAGCAGAGCAUGUUCAGUAGGGAAAUAGUCAGCACCUUUAAACCAAAGUUGCCUAAACCCCAAGUACAGGACAGAAAGUGCCUUUUUCUUCCUCCUAUUAUCACACUGGAUUCCUAUCUCUCUGGUGGAGGAGCUGUGACUGCUGCCAGCAUCUUUCCAGACAUGUUACCCGCAUAUUUACUCUCCUUGCUUAAUGGGAGUUGGGAAAAAAUUGAGACAAAAUUGUUUGGGACAAAGUUAUUUAGGUCCUUAAGUUCCCAGGAAGAAGAGGUAUUAUUCUAAUUAAAAAAGGAUAAAAUAAGUAAGAACAUAGCCUUAAAAUAAAUCUGUUGCAUGAUAAGUUUCCAUCUGAGGUCUGUUUUGUGCUUGGAGCUUGUAUCUGGAGAACUUUAUGUAUUUUUCACUUUAGGAACUUGAUCCUUCAUUUAAGAGCACCAGCUGGCUCAUGCUUGUUGUGUUUUUUAAUUUCUAGAAGAAAUUUAGGCAGAACAAGGAGAUUAUGUGUUUUGGAGUGCUGAGAGGCCUCAAAAUCUGAAAGCAAAAAUUUACCAUUUAAUUUUUCCUUUUUUUUUUUUUUUUUUUGAAGGGGAAUGCUUCUGUCCAAGUGUUACUGUAAUUCAGUGCAGGUUUGAAAGGAAUGCUGCCCAGGAUUCUGGCUGGUGCUGAUUGUUACUGUGCACUUACCCUGUGGAUCUGAGCUUGUGCUUUGAAGGUGCUGCCUUGAUCCAGUGGCUGAGUUGUGAUUUUAUCCCCCUGUUAUGGGAGCUAAAUGAGGUGUGAGCUGGGCUGUGACAGCUCUCCAUCUGUCCCCUGUGCUGUAAGUAAUCCUACCCCUCUCCCUGAGGAAUCCAACUUGUUUGCUGCUGUUUUUUCUUGCAGUGUUGCCCCGUGGGGACUGUCCCUUCAGGGAGCUCUGGGAGCCACCCAAAGGGGUGGAUGGAGCUGAGCCAGAGUUACAGCAGCUCUGCUUUUGACUAUUCAGAAGAUACCUUUGAGUCCUUCAGCGAGGAGAUCAAACCAUCUGGCUCCUGCUGUCCCCCAGAGGAUUGGGAGGGCUCAGAUGUGUUGGAAAGCACGUCAUGCUUGGCAGCCCAAAGUCAUGCAGAGGAGCAAUCUGAAGGAGUGGAUUCUGCAGCUCUGGAAAGAGUUGCCAUAGGAAAAUGGAUUGAUGCCAUGGGAAGUUGGAGAGAUCUGAAAAAUAAAGAAGCUGAGGUUAAGCAAGACAACUCUGUCAUCGAAACUCAUGCUGAAAUUCCUGAAUUAUUUGGUGGAGAACUGUAUGCUCUCAGGUCCUUUUGCGCCAGGAAGAUAAAUGGGAUGAAGCAGCAGCUGAGCCCUGAGCAGCCAAACGUGGGCAAGGCAAGGAAGCUGCAGGAUGGAGUCCCAGCAGGGAAAACUGGGACCAGAGCUGGGAACUGCGUCGUUCCUGCUCGGCUGAUGAACAGAAUCCUCCUGGAAAACACCAGAGAGACUGUUAAACAGGUGACAGAAACCCAAAUCCACGAGGCUUCUUCAUGCCCUGACUGCCAGAAGAAGGAGGCAGAGCUGGCCAGGAUUGCCUUUGUCAGGCAAAAAAAGACUCUGAUGGAAAGUGCUUUAAUCCAAGAGAGACUGGAAGAACAGAUUUACUCCAGAGAUGUGCUCACACUUCUAGGAGAAGCCCUCAGAAGCUUUCCCAAACCUUCAGAGGAUCCCAGGGCUUUGUGGCAAAGGCUGGAAGGUUAGAAAAUGUGAGGCCUGAAAGUGGUAAAAUGGCUCAAGGACAUAAAGAGGUGGGAGAGUUGCACAUGGAAUACCAACUAUUAUGGAUAUAACCUGCUCUGGCAGUGAUGAAUGGGGUGGUGGUUUAAUAUUCCUGCAGGUGGAACCAGAUAUGUCCAGCAUGUUGUGUCUGGGUUCUGAGUCAACUCUUCUUCUUCCUAAAUGCAAAUGUUGUGAUAUCUUUUAAUCCAUCUCUAUAUGUUUUUCGAAUUACAGAAGGCAAGAGUUUCUAUUAUUAAUCUGGCAAGUAAUAAAUAUUGUUUUUUGUGGGAUUGCUGUGGGAUUUCAGAGCAGCUCACAGCUGCUUCCAUCCGUAAGAAAAAUGACUGAUUCCGUUUUUCGGGGCAGGGAGGUGUAAUUACUGCAGUUCAGCUCAGUCUUUGCCCACUGUCUCAUGUUAAAUUGAAAGUGAGGGCCCCAGGUGGAGGAGAAAAAAAGCAGGUUGCAAAGUAACUAUAGAAAGCAAUAAAAUGAAAAGGGGUAUUUAUAGAAGUGAAAUAAUGAGACUAUAACAGAAUUUAAUCAGCAAGGCAGCGGAUGGCAACAGGACGAGAAAUGAUAAUAAAUUAAUCAUGGAAUCGGUGGAGGAGAGGUGUCCAGGAGAGAAAAAACAACAUGGAUGAAAAUUGGAAUAAGAUGCUGAAUAAUAUUUUUGCCUUGGAAUUUGUUGUAAUUUUUCAAGAUGACAAAGUCACUAUCUUUGAAAGAAUAUAUCUGGGCUUCAGGACACAUGCAAAUAAAAUGGCUUUGUGCUGGGAGUCUCAGUGGGCUGGACACUGAAAUAAUUUUCCUAGUGCCUCAGAAGCCUGAAGCUGAUGUGUGGGCACAGCACCUUUGGGAUCAGUGAUGGCAGCAAGAGCUCGUCCCGCUGCUCCUGCUGGGACCUGAUGGCCUUGUGUGACCCACAAAGUUCCUGCCUCUCAUCAGUCUCCAGCUUCCUGACUUUUAGGUCUCUGGAAAUCUUGAAGAAAUAUCCUUACCUGUGAACUCUCCCUGAAUUUUUGUUACAAAGCAAAGAGGAUGAAAUCUUCCCGUUGCA